UUCGGAAACGUUGUGUCUUCCGCGAGGUUUUUGGCGCUUGACUUAAGUUUUCGAUUCAAGGCGCGCGCGGGUUCGUUUCCAUUUCGGUUGUUUCGCUUUUGACGGUUUUUGGUUCGACAGCUUGCUUCUUGGUGGCCGCAAAUGCCGGUUUUCCUAUAUGGUUGGGACAACUUUUACUACGAAAUUUGCCUGUUGCAAAAUAUUUCAACUUUUGGGGGCUGCUAAGUGAUAGCGUAGGUUUCUUGUCGAUUCAACAAGAAGAGGCCGAAAAAAACCCUCUAGUGUGCGUAAAAUUUGGCGAUACACGUAAAAGCUUUUCGGUAAUAGUGACUGCCGAAAAAUAAGUCUGUGUUCAGUUCACCAGCGAUAGUCCAGAUAUACACAACGCGAAUUUCGUCACGGGUAUUUGGACAGCUUUUAGGCAGUAAUUUAUACAUUUUGCACACCAAAGAAAUGGAUUAAAUUUCUAAGCUUUGGUGGUGCGUCUGGACGAAGAACCGGAUUCUAUGCAUGUUUCCUGUGUACGAAAGCGGUGUGAGCAGUGAUAAAUUUGCAUAUUUUGAAUUGGCGCUCGAAAAGCUACUGAAAUCAGAAACCACAACAUUAUCGCCGAAAAAACGUGUCAUUCGAGUAUAGUGACGUGUUAAGUUUCAGAAGGAAUACUCCGAUCUUUUUUCAACCGAACAACGUUUUACUCUACGCACAUGUGGGCUUAACAGCGAACGGGCGUCAUUCAACAAGAGGAUUCAUUCAUAAAUUCCACCGAAUUCCUAUCCAGCGAUAAUCCAACUGGGUGCGUGCGAGGUUAACAAAAGUGAAAAAAAGAGAUGCCGCCACAAAACGCGAUUGAGAUGACCUCAAAGCCGGACGCGGAAAACGGCACCGACAAGAAAGUUCAAAAUGGAAACUCAAACAGCGACAAGCCGGCAGCAGUCAAAAAUGCAGCGGAUGUGCCGCCAACGACUUCGGUAAUUGUCCCGCCGGACGGAGGCUGGGGAUGGGUUGUGAUGAUAGCGUCCUUCCUUUGCAACACCGUCGUCGAUGGUAUUGUAUUCAGUGCCGGAUUAUUCCAGGACCCGAUCCGAUUGGAUUUUGGCGUUGGUAAAGCCGAGGUAGCUUUGGUCAGUUCACUACUAAGUGGAUUCUACCUUCUGACUGGACCAUUUGUUAGCGCGUUGGCCAAUCGUUGGGGAUUCCGACCUGUUACAAUUUUGGGAGCUUUCAUCGCCUCCGCUGGCUUUGCGCUAUCGUAUCUUGGAAACAGUUUAGGUUUUUUGUAUGUAAGCUAUGGAAUCAUCGGUGGAAUCGGAUUUUGCUUCAUCUACGUGCCUUCUGUCAUUACUGUUGGAUAUUACUUCGAAAAAUGGCGAGCUUUGGCGACGGGUAUUGCGCUGUGCGGUUCCGGAGUGGGUACAUUCGUUUUUGCUCCCUUGAGUAAUAUGCUCAUUGAAAGCUUCGGUUGGCGAGGGGCUCUACUGUGCCAAGCUGGAAUCAUUUUGCUGUGUGCGCUUUUCGGUUGCAUCUUCAGACCAAUUCAACCUGUUCAAGUAACUAUCACCAAGGACGAGGACACCCCCGCUGAAAAGGGAACACUGCUGGGCGAAGGACUGCCUGUUGUUUACACACGACCUUUACCGGAGGGCCGUUUUGCUUAUUCAGUACCAAGCAGCUCACACAAUACCUGGAUGGGUGCAAGUUCUAACACGCAAUACCCAACGGCUGCAGAAGUUUUCCGUGGAAGUGGACACAACCUGGAAAGAAGACCAUCCAACCAUUCCGGAUUGCUGAAUAAUGAAAAUAUUCAAACCACAACUAAGAAACUUGAACAAUUAUCGAAAAUCCAGAAGCGACUUUCCGGUCAAAUGACUCCUGAAGAUACGAUCCAUGCUACACGUUUCCCAAUACCACAUCAUGAGUUGAAUACUGUCGGAGAAGCAGCCGAGGAAGAGGAAACUGAAAAUGGAACACUGCUGAAUGGCGAACAGAAACCUGCACCAGUAGUAAACUCCACCGGAGCACGUCAACGGAGUCACACGGUUAGCGGACGACGACCAAAUGAAUCCGGAUCACGACAAGGUAGCCGACGGGGAACGCUUACCGAUGGCACCAGACCCAUGUACCGUGACGAUAUCUUCUUCACCGGAUCGUUGGUUCGAAUCCCACAGUAUCAGUCGCAAACUUCCCUCGGAUACCACAUGUCGGUAACCCGCCUGCCGACACAGCUCGACGUUGAAGAAGCCGAAGAACAGACCUGCAAAAUCUGUCCGGAAGCCGUACGGCGAACACUCGCUACGAUGUUGGACAUUACCCUGCUGCGAUCACCUUCCUUCAUGCUGCUAGCCGUGAGCGGAUUUUUCACCAUGAUGGGUUUCUUUGUCCCAUUCAUGUACAUUACCCAGCGGGCCGUUUCCGACGGAAUGGAUCCUCAGGUUGCCCUCUUCAUCGUGUCCGCUAUCGGUAUUUCCAACACAAUUGCUAGGAUAGUGUGCGGAUUUCUAAGCUCGUUCAAGAGCGUCAACGCCCUACACUUGAACAACGUGGCCAUCACGAUGGGAGGUAUCGCUACUAUGCUCAGUGGACUCUAUAUGACGGAAGUUUACCAGUUUACGUAUGCGGCUAUCUUUGGCUUGGCUAUUGCAUGCUUCUCAGCACUCCGAUCGAUUCUCGUCGUAGACCUCAUGGGAUUGGAAAAGCUUACGAAUGCUUUCGGAAUUCUGUGUCUGUUCCAGGGUCUCGCCGCUGCUAUUGGUGCCCCUAUUGCAGGUUUCUUUACCGAUCUAACCGGAAGCUACAACGUUUCUUUCUACAUCAGCGGUGCUCUUAUCACAAUUUCGGCCAUCCUCUGCUAUCCACUCAACAUGGUUAACCAAUGGGAAAAGAAACGUGCUGCAGAAGCUACAAAAUCAAAAUCUGGUGCCGUUUAGAUGCAUUACCAAGACUAGCAACGCUUGUUGCCAAACCUGUAGCUCGACAGCAAUGUAAUGUACUUACACGAAACGAAAGGAACCAGAAAUAUCGGUUGGUCCAUUUGCUCAAACGUAUGUAUGUAUGUACCAUGGGUCCUCAACAGCUCUAAGAGUGACGGACUAGGUAUUCGUUGCAAAAUUAUUGCAUUCUGCAAUUUAUCCUACGAAGGAACAGCUGUGGUAGAAUUGAAUUGUUUUCGAAUCAUAGACUUAAGCGUGAAUCAGAGUGACUUGCUUUCAUUGAAUCAAAUGGUAAACUUGCUUCGAUAUGGACUUAACACUACCUUCGAUGUGCAUGUAAAAGGAAUAGCGCUGACUUUAUGAGAUCUGAGUCAGUUCAAUUUUCUCCCAUCCCAUAAACAAGCUGGAAUAUUGAAAGGCUUAUGUCCAUAUUUCCAUAUUCAACGUAAAUUAUUUUAUAUCACACAGCGUGUAGUGUCGAACAAUAUGUAGCUCUAAACUUCUGUCUUCCUUGUAAUUCAAUGUGCAAAUUUAGAAUCUGUAAGCUUAUAACACAUUAACGUCCAUUCUUGUUUUUUUUUUCAACACAGCUUUUUGCAAUCGGUUUAAUAAAUGUGAUUGUCAGCUUGGCGGCUCUAUCUGAUUCACCAACCGUACACAAUAGGUCACAGGUCACUGUUGUGCCAUACUCUUUGGCAUUGAAAAACAAAGUUGACAAAAAUCUGUUGCAAAACAUGAAAAUAAUUAUGCCAGCUCAUUUUUUGAAUACAGUUCCUAAAACAUAUAUUUGUUUCGUGAAUACCCAAGAUUUCAUUUUCCCUUAGAAAAAAUUACCCCGUAAGUUUGUAUAACUCGUAAGACUACAAGAGCCCGUCUCUAAGCAGCUUAAUAAAUAUCAUAUUUUAAGCGAUAAGACUGCAUCCUAAGCACCGGAGCAUCGUCAAAGAAUUGUUAGAAGAAAUCAGUUAUUUUCAAAACAAUAUAUUCAUAAAAAAUAAUAUUUUUUUCCGGAAAUACUGAUCGCGUUGCAGAAACUAUACUGGCGUUGAUUUAACACCUAAUUUUGAGAAUCGACUAUUCAUAUAAAUACAAAAGCUCUGUGAUAUCAGCAUGUAUGAAAAAUGUGGAAUAUUAUAUUUGUUGAUAUUAAAAAAAACUCCUAUUCCAUCAUCCCAGUUAAUUGAGCGUUGCUUCGGAAUUAUUCGAAAUAUUUCAACCCAAGACCCGGUUAAUCGGUUGAUUUUCAAAACAUUUUGCAAACAGAUGGCCAUAAUAUAUGCAAUAUACACAAAUGCAAUACACAUAUUGAAUAGAUCCAACAGUAGACAGUAAAAAACUACAUAUGUGCGACAUUUCCAACGCGUGCACCGCAAAGUUUGCUUAAGAUUUCAAAUCUUCCCCGACUGAACAAUACUGAAAGACGACUUUCAAUAAAAUAACAUCCAUAGUUUAAUAUUAGGAAUAUAGAAAGCGUUAGCCUAGUAAUCCUGUGCGUUUGAGUUAAGAGUAUUUUUAAUUUUUUUUUUCAAAUAAAUUACUUAUAAAUGAA